GUAUGUAGAAAACUGUAUACUGUAUAAUAUCGGUGAUUUUGCCACUGUUGGUGCUUUUUCCUGCUAGGGUAGAAGAGGUUCAAAGACACCGCUGAUAUUAUUUUUAAGUUGUUGUUUUUUUUUUUGCGCUUGCUUUCAGGUUCCAGGGCUUGAUUUUAUAAACCGAGAUCCCUCCUCCAAAGAACACCACCCCCCACCAGGCGUAUUUGACUCCGAUCCGGGCGCCCAGUCAGUCACAGUAUCUGUCCGGCGCUCAGGACGGCUCGCAGGCACACGCGCGUGCCUCGAAGUUAAAGCGCCCCCGGGUUCAGGACCCCGAUCAAACCAGCACAAAAUCGGGACUUGAUAAGUUUGGACAGCGGGUCAGGGAACUGAAGGGAAUUGUCACGCUGGAGAAGAGGUCCUUCUUCAGAGGACUUGUUUUGCCCCGGUGAAGUUGUGAACCCAGGUGCCCCCGAGAUGUCGCCUUACACGUGAGCCGCUGUUUUUGUCUAGGGUUGGGGGGCGGUCGUGGUGGUGGUGUUGUGGGGGGGGGGACCGAGGAAAAAGGGUCAGCGUCUGUUCGGUAAUCGCUCUCCUCCUAUCCCUGCCCAACGAUGGAUACGAAUUCCUGAGCCGCCGGAGUACACCGUGUGAUUGCACCGAGCGCCGCCAGUUUCUGAUGCGAUCGCAAUUAUCGGUGAUCUCGGCUACACCUCUCGGACUCCAGACAUAAACAAAAAAAAAAAAGAUUGUUCGUUUCACGAAGAAGAUCAUGGCAUUGGAUUACGCGCCGGUGACGUCGAGACCAGUGCUUGUUUGGUUUGUGAUAGCUCAUCACUUCAUCUCGGUGACGGCGUGCGACGAGGCCUUCUACGUGCACGCCAUCGAGGAGCACUGCCUGGCCAAGUUCACGUUCGACAUGGAGGCCCUGGACCCGGGCUACUGGUGCAACUGGGAGGACACUGUGGAGUCCUACGGCGAGCUGACCAACUGCACCUACCUGAUCGCGCAGAAGAUGAACUGCUUCUGGCCCAACCGGCUGGUGGACGAGUUCUUCAUCGGCAUCCACAGGCUCUACUUCAAGAACUGCUCCCUCUCCGGCCGGCUGCCCAGCGACCCUCCCAACAACAUCCUGGGCCCCUUCAUCGCCGUGCCCAUCCUGGUCACGCUGCUCAUGACCGCCCUGGUCGUGUGGCGGAGCAAGCGCAGCGAGGGCAUCGUGUAGGCGCCCGCGGACACUCCGCCGCCCGGGGGUGGCUCUGUAUAUACUUUCUUUCUGCCCAAUACACACUAAAAAAAAAAGAAGACUGUGGCUGACGCGAAUGUACUGUCUCAUGUUGCAUCCUACACUGCACUCCUAAGGCAGUGCGGGGAGAGAGUAGGAGAGACCCCGAGAGGGGUGAACUGAGAGCCACAUCCGUCUGGCCACCAGCAGGCUCGGAAACGGGUCUCGGACGCGGAGUCGGCCCUUUCCUUACCCGUCACUGAGGACGUUCUGUGGCACUCCGGUCUCUGCAGUGCAUCACUGCAGCCUGACCCAGCGUGGGAAGAGGUAAUGGCACAGAGCUGUCUGUCACUGCGAGAGCUGCUUGGCAUAGGACUGCCCGGCGGUCACACAGCGAGGCUCACUCUCUAACCUCCACCGAACCCUCGGUUUUUUAAAAGACGGGACAGUUGUACUUUGUCAAAAGUGGCACUUUCUUUGAAACGUCCUAGGAAAACCAACCACCUUCGAUUGACAUAGAGUGAAUUGCACCAGAUACUUGGAAAUAUCUAAUAAUGAUAACAAAAAUGAUGCUGAAGAUAAUAGCCUCGUGCAAACAGAAGGCAUCAGUCUCUAAGAUACGGGCUGCAUAUACUAAUAAUAACAACAUCCUUUUUUAUUAUGGCGUACUUGAAAUUUAAUUAAAAACACAACAAAAGCAAGCCACAGUUAGUUUUAUAAUGCUGAUCUUGUCUGUUAACAAGGUAUGUCUGUGCAGAUGUGUGUUUGUGUGUGAGAUCAUGGACGUGCCUGUCAGCUGGGGCAUGUGUGCCCACCAGUGUAUUCUUUCUACACAAGCAGCAGAACAUUCAGAUUCUUUCUUUGUUUCAAAGGUGCCAAGUACAAACUAUGGCAACAAUUCCAAGGGUAAUUAUAGAACAGGGCUCAGCAGUGCUGUUCCUGUUACUGGUUGUGAUGUCACCCCUUGAGUGUAGAGGAGUUCACCCCAGUCUAGGGAGCAGCGCUGUGUCUGCUUGGAACACAAAAAUGUCCAUGAUCAAAAACCUGUCAGGGGGAGAGCACAGAUGACAUUUUCAUAAUUGCAAAAGGGUUUUAACAGCAUAUCUGACUGUUCUGUACAGAUAGCCAUUCCCCUCUGCCCCCCCCACAAGAAAAUCUCAUUUUUGAAUGGUGGUGUUUAUGUACAGAGCCCCAGUGAUUUACAUGGUGCAUACUGUGCCAUUCAGUCACACUGAACACUGUAAUUAAUUUGCUCAUGCCAAUAAAGCUCUUUGAAUUGGAA